AGCUCCAGUCACCUGGCUGCACAGAGUCGUCACGUCAGAUGCAGAAAAGUCUCCAGCAUUAGAGGAACUGUCCUUUCAGAGUCCGUCUAACCCCCGACCUCACAUUUAUUUCAGAGAUGGACUCCUAUUUACGACGUCGGGACAAGUGAACCUGUCACCCAGGACUGAUUUACAGGGCAUCCGGCCUCUGAUCUGCGAAUGACAUUCAGAUACGCCUAGGAUGGCGGCGGAAUUUAUAAAAAGUUGCUGCAAAGGGUGUUUUCAAAGCGAACAGAAGAAAGCCUUCCCAGACUCAGGAUGUGUAGAGGCCCCCAGGAAAGGAUCGCACAUUGUGGAUCACCCUCCAAUGUCAGCUAUAUCAAUGAAACAGCAAGUGGGCUGCACAGAGGAUUAUCUGCUUUCCAAGCUGCCCACAGACGGAAGAGCCAUUCCAUUUGUUGUUCCAACAUUCGCACCGACGUAUGUUCAGCCGAGAAACCUGACCAGCCCCACCCACAUGGAAGGACUGAAAGGAUCUGCAAGGGCCACAUUCACAGACAGGAAGACAGAGCUGUCUGCAUCUUAUCAGUAUGGAGCGAACUAUGACAUCGUCUACAAUGCGGGGUUCGUCCAGAAGCACAUCUCCCCCGAUCUGAGCAGGCGUGGAACGACGAGCCCAGACGCAGCUAGAAUGUAUGGCUCAGUCUGUGACUUGAGGAACAUCAAAACGUCGGAUCCUUCGGGUCUCAGCACCUCCCUGUAUGAUCUGAGCGGCCUUAUUCAGAGAUACGAUUCUGUCUCCAGCAUCCGCAGCAGCAAUUCCUCCAGGAAAGAUUCACAAGGCAGUAACCGCAGUCUCGAUACAAUAACACUGUCUGGAGACGAGCGGGAAUUUGGACGACUGAAUUUCAGACUGCGCUAUGUCACUGAAGUGGAACAAAUCUGGAUCACGGUGUUACAACUGAAAGACCUGUAUUGGCCGUCAAGCUGCGGGGAUUCUCCCAAUAUCUUCAUUAAAGGCACCAUUACCCUCCCUAAAGCCGUCCACUUCAAAUCCUCUGCGAAGGAAGCCGCUCUGGACAUGGAGUUCAUGGAGACAUUUGUGUUCGCCAUUAAGUUACAAACCCUACAGAAAGUGAGGCUGGUCUUCAAGGUCCUCAGCCUGACGCCACGAAAGAGAACGAUCAGCAAGUGUUCGAUAUCGCUGCGGGACCUCAGUGAGAGAGAGACCGACCACUGGCUGGAUGUUGUCCCUUCUUCCAAAAUGUCGUCUUGCCAAGCGGAGCUCCAGGUUGGGACAUGCUUCCAGGCUAUAAACAAUCGCAUCCAGCUCCAAAUUCUCAAAGCUCAGCACCUACCCAGCUCACUAACGCCGCUGUCUAUAAGUUUCUACGUCAAGGCCGAAAUGUUCAGUAUAGAGGGGCUCCUGUACAAGAAGAAAACACGAUCGUUAAAGCAGUCGAAUGGACAGGUGAACUGGGGGGAGAACAUGCUGUUCCCAUUGACACAGAAAGAAGAAGGAAUUAACUUUCUUAUCAAACUGUAUAGCCGGAGUUCCGUCAGAAGGAAACAUUUCAUUGGUCAGGUGUGGAUCAGCAGUGACAGUAACAGCAGUGAAGCGGCAAAUCAAUGGACGGACACAAUCAGCCACCCAGAGAAGGUGGUCACUGUAUGGCAUAAACUCAACCUCUCCACUUAGGGAAUGGGACAAGUCAUGACUUUUGUAAUGGACCCGCCUGCCCCUCCAGGGGACUACAAAUAAGGCCCUAUCCCGGGCCGGGUGUCAGAACUGGAUAUAGGAGCUCCAGGGUGGACCCCGUUGUGCCAGAAGAAGUUUUUUUUCAGGAGGGAAUAAUCACCUCGGUCUAGGACACAUUCAAAGCGCCUGUUUCUAUGGAUUUAUGUCAAGACAGCGGCAAGUCAAGGUUGUGGAUUACCUCAAUAUACAACAAGAUGUUUUGUAAA